AUGGCUAGGGCCGGGAGUCGACAAUGGACAUACCAGGACUGCAAUGAGUUCGGUCUAUUUCAGACUACUGGCCUCCCGGACAGUCUGUUCGGUCAUAAUGCCGUUCCUGUCGACUAUUUUCUUAAACAAUGCUCCGAUAUCUAUGGCAAACAGUUUACCCCGCAGUCCAUCCAGAAAGCUGUCCAAACGACUAACACCUAUUACGGCGGUUUCCGACCUAACGUCACGAACGUAGUGUUUCCUAACGGUUCAACUGAUCCGUGGAAAGCGUUGGGCGUAUUGAAGGACCUGAACAAUAGUACCCGUGCCCUAUACAUACACGGGACAUCCCAUGCCUCGGAUUUGUUUCAACCGCUAACCACUGACCCCCAGGAGCUGACCGAUGCCCGGAAAACCAUUGCAAAACAGUUGCAAUUGUUUUUGCAAUAA